AUGACCAGAAAUCAGUGGGUGUCAGUUGAGAGUGUCACGGCGAUAAGCGGACCCCUGACGAGGGCAUUGAUCUCGCAGCAGGUCUACCGUUCUGGUGGUUCAGGCACUGUCUGGGUAGUCGAUGACGCAAUCGCAAAACUCAUCGUCAAAGCCUUUUACGAGAACGUGUUCAAGGGUUCGAAGAAUGGUAGUGCCAUGGACUGUACGAAGGUAGCCUGGGCUCACGCUGUGAAGACGAAAGUGCCGCUCGAGCAGAGGACGGUUUUCAUUCAUAUAGAUAUAAAUGACCCUGACUCGGAUACGGUGUGCUCCAGUUAUCUCGUUCUUGAGAUUGUCCUUCAGAAAGUUCAGAUCAGUUACAACUCCUCUGAAAAAUCCAAGCCUUCGAAUAUCAUUGAAAGUAGCUAUGAAUUCUCUGAUGCUUGUGCCGCUUUCAAUCAAAGGUUUCAGCUAGAUGCAAUGAUGGAUUGGCCGUUAGUAUUCUUCAAUGAAGCCGUGUCCUGUGCGGCACUGAAUAAGACAGCCAUAUACUUGGGGGGUGUUACAUUGCAACGCAGCAUCAGGGUUGAGAUCUGCAAACAAAACAUCAAGCUACCCUCUUUUAAACACGGAACAACACUUACGGUUGUCGUUGUCAAGACCAGCAGCAAAGCGGCCUUCCAGAAGGUGCAUACCACCCAGAGAGAAACGCGCACUGGAAUAGAGCAAAAUAUGAGUGAGGGAGAUAUGUUCGGGGAGUCAAAGGUCGUACAUGGCAUAUUAAUCAUUGUGAAACGUGUCAGAGCCAGCUACUUUGAGAGUUUAAAAACAUACGGAUAUGUUCACGAGUCGGACUUGCGAGAUGUUUUUGAUCACGAGGUUGAGUACAACACAGAGAUUCUUUUUCACCGUUCUCUGAUAUGA